GGGGCUGUGAGCGCCGCGACCAACGCAGCGAGUUGGUCGUUGGUUGUCUUUUGGACUUCGUCUUGGCGGGCGAGUCGAGCCAUGACGGAGCUCAUGAAUUCUGAGGUGAUGGGCGGCGCGGCCGCAGGCGUAGGCGUCGGUUCCUCGCCUGGGGCGCCGAAGGCGGCGUCGUCUUGAGCCAUGUAGAUCUAGAACGUUGCUUUAGUCAGCCCCACGGUGGGCGCCAAUUGUUUGUACAGGAUUCGGUUGAUUAGAAUGAAGAACUUAGAAAAUGGGGUGACUAAAGACGUUUUAUUAGAAUCGACACAAUGGGUUACAAGACUGAUCAAAGAUAGGAGACAAGAUCAGAGGUUUAAACGACAAGAUCAAAGAGAUGAUUAGGAAACCCUAAAUCUAGCCGCUUAGUAUGUGAUUUGUUCCAAAAGUCCCUCUCUCGUUGCCUCCUCCUCCUCUCUUAUAGUACCCUUGUGCGUGAUGCCCUAAUCGCGCCUAUCCUUUGGGCCUUGUCGCCCAAAGGCCGAGUAUGUGGGCCUCGAUACUAUUUCGUCCGAGCCGAGUAUAGCUGAUCGGCUCAGCUGACCGGCUUAAAGUACUCUAGGGUCGAGCUGACGUUUCUAGCCGCUAAGCCGACUAAGCUCGAUCGACCUUGUCGGGCUAGGGCCUGUUAUAUGAUGGGCCUUGUGGAGGGAUGUAAUCCAUCUCCUACAUUGCUCAUCAUGGAUGUGUCAACCGCAUACGUGCAAUGCCUCAAAAUCCUCAUAUCUGUGUCUCUUCGGCAGAUUCUGCUCAUGUACAGGUGACUGCAUGAGUAUGAUUCAUUUAUGGGAGCCAGCUUCCGGUUCAUGGACUGUUGAUCCUAUUCCGUUAGCCGGACACACCGCAAGUGUUGAAGACUUACAAGUGAAGCCAACGCGUUUGCGUCUUGUUCUGUGGAUGGGAUUGUUGCACUUUGGGAUAUCCGAAUGGGGAAGUCGCCUGGAUUAUCUUUCAUGGCACAUAACGAAGAUGUGAAUGUCAUCUCAUGGAACAGGCUGGCUAGUUGCAUGUUGGCAUCAGGGAGUGAUGACGGGACGUUCUCUAUACAUGAUCUUAGAGUUAUAAAGGAUAAGGAUAAAGCUAAGGUAGCUCAUUUUGGGUAUCAUAAGCAUCCUAUUACGUCGAUUGAGUGGAGCGCUCAUGAAUCUUCGACACUUGCAGUCUCUUCUGGCGAUAACCAGCUCACGAUAUGGGAUUUAUCCUUAAAGAUGGAUGAAGAAGAGUUCAAAGCACAGAGCAAGGAACAAGUCAACACACCUCAAGACUUGCCUCCUCAGCUACUCUUCGUUCACCAGGGGCAAAAGGACUUGAAGGAACUUCACUGGCACAACCAGAUUCCAGGGAUGAUCGUCUCAACUGCGGCUGAUGGUUUCAACAUCUUGAUGCCUUACAAGAUUCAAAACACACUUCCUGAUCUCGCUGCUUGAAAAGAUUAAGUCUUUUGUCAAAUGAAACACUUUUGAAGUAUUUUAGUAUCUUUGAAUCUGUUUUUCUACUUAAUUUUUUUUUGUUUCCA